GUGACAGGUUUGCCCCCGGUCUCUUUCUGCCACCGUUCUGUACCGUCCUGCCGGCAGCUUGCUUCCUGCUGCUUCCCAGAGCCUGUGGGGACUCUCCUCAUUUUCAAAACUGCCAGCCUAAUUGGAGGAUUGUAAGAUCUGCACAGCAAAUUUUGGGUUAAUAAGCAGAAGAUAGAACUCAACACGUAACAUCUAUAAAACUCUCACUCUCUUUCUGUCUGUAACAUCAGGAUUUGGUCAGGUGCUUGUUAAGAAUGCAAGACGAUAGUUUAGAGGCAUCCACGUCAAUAUCUCAGCUUUUGAGAGAGAGUUAUUUGGCAGAAUCCAGAAUCCAUCAAAGGCACAGUGAAGUGAGCCGAUCAGAAAGCAAUUUGCAGCACUCCUUCUAUGAAAGUAUAACAGGAAAUCCUGAAGACCUGGUGACCCAGGAUGACUUCACCGAUCUCUCAGCCUUUUUAAGUCAGGAGGAACUAGAUAAAAGUGUGAAUCUCGCACGGGAGGCUAUUGCUCAGUGCCCCAAGGAGAUAAAAUUAGGAGAAAAGGAACAGGGUAAGGCCCCAUUGGUUGACUUAGGAAGCCAACAGACAACUCCUGUGAUAAUAGAGAAACAAACAUACUCCAGUUUCCGACAAGAGAAUGUUUACAAAAGCUCCAGAGAUCCUCUGCAGGAGCCAAGAAAGCCAACCAGGAACAGCCCCUAUGGAUCUGACUCGCAGUGUAAAAAGGAAUUUCUAAAUAAGGCUGCUGAUUUUAUUGAAGAACUUUCAUCUCUUUUCAAAGCCAACAGUUCAAAAAGGAUCAGGCCCCGGGCAUGUAAAGCUAACAGGAGUAGAUACCAAAGUAAAGCUCAGUCAGAAAGCUCCUCUUAUUCAUACACCAUCGAUGAAAGAGAGAGACCUGCUGCCCCUAUAGCAAGCCAACUAAUUGAAGAAGUGACACUAGAUGAAAAUGAGCCUGAAAUGCUGCCCGAGGAAGAAGAUGAGAACACAGCAGAAGUUACUGAAAUAGAGCCUUUGGAAGAAUCCACUGAGGAAAGUGCGUCGGACACUUAUUACAGUGAGCAGCCACUAGGAGUUCCUCCCAGUUUUAUUCAAAAGCUAAAAAGCAGAGAGGUACCAGAAGGUAGUAAGGUUCAGCUGGAUUGCAUUGUUACGGGAGUCCCAACCCCUGAAGUACGAUGGUUCUGUGAGGGGAAGGAGUUGGAGAACAGCCCAGAUAUUCAGAUUCUCAAUGUUGGGGAGCUGCAUUCCCUGAUCAUCACUGAGGCAUUUGAGGAGGACACUGGACGCUACUCUUGCUUUGCUUCUAAUUUCUACGGGACUGACUCCACCUCUGCUGAGAUUUACAUUGAAGGUGCCUCAUCAUCAGAAUCUGAAGGAGAGCAAAACAUUGACAACAUGCCACAAAUUCAGAAGAAAACUUCAGUGUCUACAACUAUCACCAGCACUACAUCUGGAUCGGAAGCUGCUUAUCAAGAGACUAGCACUGUCCGAGCGGCCAGAUCUCAGCCUGUGACUCAGCUGCCAGCAGAGAAGUGCCAAAGCCCCAGCAACUAUCCAAAGGGGUUAGAUGGAAGACCGUUAAUGGCUGCUCCAGUUUUCACAAAGAUGCUUCAGGAUUUGACCGCAUACGAAGGACAGCUGGUAGUACUUGAAUGCCGAGUGAAAGGAGCUCCGUCUCCAAAAGUGGAGUGGUACAGAGAAGGAACAUUAAUUGAAGAUUCUCCUGAUUUUAGAAUUUUACAAAAAAAGCCCAGGACCUUGGCUGAACAAGAAGAGAUUUGCACCUUAGUCAUUGCAGAAGUAUUUCCAGAAGACUCUGGGACAUUCACGUGCACUGCAAGCAACAAAUAUGGCACAGUUUCAAGUAUUGCCUCCUUAAAUGUAAAAGGCAAUCAGAAUAAUAGUUCCUCCCUCCAGGCGACUCACACUAGCCUAAUGGUGGAAUCAUCUCAUCAGAAAACAUCCCGAGCUGCAACAACUGACCCCCCUGGCUGUUUGAAAACCAAACUGGUGAACCACAAUGAGCCCCGCUCUAGCUCCAAAGCUGGCCUUCGCGUGCAUUUUAAACUACCAGAAGACGACAAGGAGAGUGAAGAUUCAUCUGACGAAGGAAUUCUUUUCUUCAAGCAGCAAAAGUCAGACUUGAGAAAUGCAAAUGGACAGCUACCUGGAGGAACAACCCCCAUGCCUCCUGGGAAAGAGCCCCCGCCAGUUCUUGCAAAGCCCAAACUUGAUCCUGUACAACUCCAGCUUCUUCACAACCAGGUAUUGCUUGAGCAACAACAAGAGAGUGGGACACACUCACAGAUGAACCCUUCAUUCACCAUGAGUGUAGGGCCAGUUAACUCUGGCCCUGCUGCCUUUCAGCAACCUCCCACCUCACCCCCCAGCAGUGGCCUCCCACAGACCUUCAACUAUGCAAGGCCAAAGCAGUUUAUUGCUGCCCAGAGUGCCACAAUAGUUACCAGUCUGCCCUCGACUGAAUCCCCAGUCCUGUCACCGAAUCUCAUGCCCCCAGUGUCACAGACUUCAAGGAAUGAAACCUUCUACAUAGGAUCCCCCUCCUCAGGAUUCUCCCAGCCCAGGGUGCUGCAGUCUCCCACCAGUCCCACUAGAUUUGUCAGCUCCCCUCCGCCCGCUCCAUCAGUGUUCUCUCCUUUCACUAUACGACCUCAGUCCCCCUUGCAGGCUGCCUCUCCCACUCUCAGCAGCUCAACACCAAGCCCUAUCCAGGAUCCUGUGGCCUUUCUCAGUUCUGUUCUGCCAUCUCUUCCAACAUCCCCACCAACAAAUGCCAUGGGGCUUCCCCGGAGUGCUCCUGCUGUCUCCUCCCAAGUGCUAAUGAAGAAAAAUCUAAAGCCUUCUAGAUCUACAACUGAUGACGAAAUCCGUGACUCGAAAGAUGCAGUCCUUCAUGACUUGGAGAAGAAACUGAGAUUUAAAGAAGAACCAGCACACAAUGGACAGCAUAGAUUCACUUAUGAGGAAAAAAUGGCCCGCAGACUGCUUGGACCAAAUAACUCACCAACGGUUUUCAACUUUGAAGAGGUGCAAGAAAGUCCUCCUUCACAGGACUUUAAAUAUAUGAUAGAGUCAACCCGCAACACUCUUGGUAAACAACAGGAAUACAAAGUUUCCAGUUUUGAGCAAAGACUGAUGAGUGAAAUUGAGUUUCGUCUUGAGCGCACUCCUGUGGAAGAAUCAGAUGAUGAAAUUCAGCAUGAUGAAAUCCCUACUGGGAAGUGCAUUGCCCCAAUAUUUGACAAAAAACUGAAGCAUUUCCGAGUGGUUGAAGGAACUGCUGUUACAUUCACCUGUAAAGUGGUGGGAAUUCCUGUCCCAAAGGUGUACUGGUUCAAAGAUGGAAAACAAAUCUCCAAGAAAAACGAGCAUUACAAAAUGAAGAGGGAAGGAGACGGCACCUGCUCCCUGGUCAUUGAAGCAACGACAAACGAUGAUGAUGGCAACUAUACUAUCAUGGCAGCAAACCCACAGGGCAGAAUCAGCUGCUCUGGGCAUUUGCUCGUACAGACUGGACCAAUACGACGCAGGCUAACUCCAACUAUUCAUUCGCAAAGGGUGCGAUCACGAUCACAGGAAGGGGAUGAAGGAGAGCCUAUCCAGGAGCGAUUCUUUAGACCUCACUUUCUUCAAGCUCCAGGAGACUUAGUAGCCCAUGAAGGCCGACUUUGCCGACUUGACUGCAAGGUGAGUGGAUUGCCAAAUCCUGAUCUGAUGUGGCUCCUGAAUGGCAAACCCAUUUACUCAGACAACAACCACAAAAUGCUAGUAAGGGAAAAUGGUGUCCACUCUCUCCUCAUUGACCCACUGAUGCAGAGUGAUGCUGGGACCUACACUUGCAUUGCAACCAACAAAGCAGGGCAGAAUUCCUUUUCCCUGGAGCUCUCUGUUGUAGCAAAAGAGGUUAAAAAGGCCCCAGUUUUUCUGGAAAAGCUGCAAAACACAGGGAUACCUGAAGGGACUCCGGUGAGGCUAGAGUGCCGAGUGGUGGGCAUGCCACCUCCUCUGAUCUUCUGGAAGAAAGACAAUGACACCAUCCCAGUAGUCAAGGAGAGAAUGAGCAUGCACCAGGAUGCCACAGGAUAUGUUUGUCUGCUGAUUCAGCCAACCAGAAAAGAGGAUGCUGGUUGGUAUACAGUAUCAGCUAAAAAUGAAGCAGGGAUAGUAUCCUGCACAGCCAGGCUAGAUAUAUAUGCCCAGUGGCAUCAGCAGAUUCCCCAGCCAAUGAAGAAGGUUCGAUCAUCGGGUAGCCGGUAUGCUGCCCUCACCGGUCAGGGGCUGGACAUUUUGUCUGCCUUCCCUUCAACAGACAGCAGCCCUUCACCAUUCUCCCCUUCAGCAGAAGGGACUGUAGAGAGUGAAGAGCUGUGAAGAUGUCCAUUCUAAGCUCUCUGAACAUGGCAUGGGAAAGAGAGAUUGUGGAGGGAAAACAAAUGAACUUGGAGACUGUGGUUUGCCAAGAGCCAGUUCUCAGAGCAUUUGCUCAGUCACAUGCAAUCAGCACUAAAACAGCUAGAGCUUGAAGCUUUCCUUCUGUUUGUGAAGCCUUUUACUUUCCUCUAGUACCAUGCUGCAACUGAAAUGAACAGUUUAGUAUCGCCUUCAAAAUGCUGGAUCAUAACUGCUAGACACAAUAUGUCAAAACACUACUUGUGGUACUUGAUGUCCCAAACAUCAAUGGCGAAUACUUGUUUGGUAGGGGUUGUUCCCCCAAAAUGUUUGUAUUUCACUUUCAUGUAAGUACAAGCAGCAUUGUGUUAAAAAAAGCUCUAGCCAAUAAUUCACUCACAAUACAUCGUUUCAGACAGUUGGUUUGACAGGUAUUUUAAAUUCAUACAUAGAAAGAAAGCUAAAGUAGUGUAUGCGUACACACACACAGCAAAUUAAUAUCAGUUCUUAAAUUCUUUGUGUUGAGUUGAUAUGUGCAAAUAACACAUUGGUAUGCAUAACUUUACUGGUAUACAAACAGCACUUAUACCAUGACAUACCAUUACUCUUACCAUAUUGUUUCAGAUUGUUUUUUUCUGCCAACAUGUCUACAUUAACCGUACGGCACAUAUAAAAUGCAGCGAUUCCAAUAAUAGACAAUUUACCAACUUGAACUUGUAAGUUAAAUGGGGCAGACAUACAGUAUAGUGGUACAUCCACUUGUUCACUUAGUAAUAUGUGCCAUCCCACUACACUGGUACAUGACAGAGCAGAUCUGAAUGCUGUAAUCAUGCUGUCUACAGAAUUGUGACAAUUAAUUCAUAUAUAUAUAUAUAUACACACACACAGUCAUUGACACGCAUUGUGUAUUUUGGUCAUUUUAGAAACUUGUUCCUAUCUUCAUUUUUGUGUGGUCAGCAUUUGUGAACACAGCACCUCAGUAUAUGCCAUGCAUUAUAACAAUACCACAUUUCCUUUAAUACACUGUUUUUUGGCAGACAUGGCAGUCAUAAUUUUUUAUACAUAAAGCACAAGUUUACAAAUCACUAACAAGUUACCAAUUAUAAGUCCAAACAAGAGGACAGAUGUAGAGUGCACUUGUUCACUCAGUAUUGUGUACUACUGCGUUGCAUUUGCAUGUGAACAAAUGUUACAUGAAAAAUGGAUUAGCCAAUCUAAAUGUAUAAAUAUACACAAAAAUACUUACUUUUACACCAUAUUACAUGUACAUAUAAAGAAGACAGCUCUCAAGUUACAGUAUGAAGGGUUGAUGUUCCAGGUAACUGUGUGUAUCUUUAUUUUAUGUGUGCAUUGAAACCACAUAUGUAAACAUAAGACAUGUACUUGAUUGUAGCAAUCAGUAUAUACAAAGUUUACACUGACAGCUUUUUUAAUUAGAUAUUCCAUAUAUUUGCCAUCCGCAGCUUUAUUGUUAAUGAAGGACACACAAAAUACAAACCUACAAAUCACCAACAUGUUACUAACGUUAAUGCAAGACGUCUAGUGUGCUCGUUCAUUCAUUGAUGUGUAUGAGUGGCACCGUUAGGCAGUACAUGCCGAAUACUAUGCAAAGUAUCGUAAAGAACAGGUAACCCAAUGACCUCCAUUAUAAACAUACAAAUACAAUAUCUGUAGUAUUAACUCAAAUAAACAGACUAUAUGAACAGAAUCUAUUACAUGUACAUUAUGUGUGUGAAAAAUAUUCGACAAUAUGGAUACCACCCAUCUGACUUUUUGAACCUGAUGAAGACAAUACAGUUUUCCUUCAUUCUCACCUUUAACAGAAAUUACAAGCACAUGAAAUAAUAAGAGCAGACAAGCACAAUUAUAACCUCUGAAAUAAUUUUAUUUCUGAUAGUUAAUUUUCAUAUUAGGUAUCACAUAUAUAAUAUAAAGUGUGUUUAUUCAAAAAUGAAAUAUAUAUACAAGGUGUCUGAAAGAACAUUAUGAAUGUAGAGAGUUGCAAUCCAACAAUACUUUGUCUGAAUGGUUUGUUAUAUUUAUUUGAGAAUUGUUGGAUUUAUCCUACCACUCUGCUGGCUACAGCAUCAUGUUCAGGGUCUGUGCAAAGUCCCUGUGAUGAAUGACAUUUUUUUACUGAAGAUCGCUUUCAUUUAGUUUUGCCAUUUGUGGCCUUAGAUCUUUUACAGUGCUUUCAAUGAAAACAAAACAGUGAAGGCCACCAUGUGGAGUAUUUUAACAGCUUGCAGAUUUAUACUGGUGCAGUUUUUAGGAUUAAGACUUCUUUUAAGUAUUCAGAUGUGACAGGCACCCACUGCAGGUGUUAAAAUACUUGCCUGCAUUUUAGUACCAUGAAUGUGAUAAUGAAGUAAAUUCUUUUGGAGUGUACAGUAAAUAUAUUUUUACAGCAGCAAUGCUUUGGCAAGUGGGUGUUAAAAAUUGAUGCCUCACCUUUUCUCUUCAAUUCCCUUUUUCAGUGACUGGUUUACUGUGCAGUGAGUAAUGUCAGCCAAUUGUUUUAUAUGGUGCCAUUUAUCAAGAACACUAACUCUUUGUUAUAAAAAUGUGAUAAAAGAAGAAAAAGACCACCCCUUAAAAUUGUAAUACUCUUUAGUUCAUAAAAAAUAGACAGAUCAUUUAAAAAUAAGUAAUCUGUUAUUCCUGCCAUAGAUGUCACCAUAUACCUGUGCCUGCCAUUUCUUGGUGCUGCUUGUUUAGUGGUGUAAAUCAGAAUAUGGCGCAUAGAGAAAAGACUUCCUGUGCUCAAAAACAACGUCAGAUAUAAUACCUUACACGUAGAUUGUCUGUUAAUAGAAUAACCGAAUGCCUACCACUAAAAGAAUGUGAUAAUAAUGCAGAUGAUUAAUAUUGAAGUAUAUUGGGCUGGAUGUGCGUGUCUGUCUGUCUGCUUUUUUUCAGAAUGUAAUGAUUGUUUAAAUUUUUUAAAUGGUAACCUUAAAAAAGUUAAAGGAAUUAAGUUAGACAUGCUUAGAAGUGAUCAAGAGUGUGUACUUAGAUUAUCGGUUUAAAACGUCAACCACCAGACAGACACUUUUUCAAUUUAAAAUUUAGCUACUUAGGUUUUAGUAUAGUUCACUGUUCAACUGAAAAAUAAGUUGUACAUAAAAAUGAGAAAUAAGACAAAGGUAAGAAUUUACAAAUGUUAACUGCAACUGCCUCCCACCUCCUUCAUUGCAUGACACAAAAGGACUUUAUAUGUAGAAUACAACACAGUUCAGGCAGACACUUAUUCAAAGAAUGAGAACAAAGGCUGGCGUCUUCAAUGUUUUGUUCAUAUGAUACACUAUGUGGGUCAUAAACAUCCAUGGACAUGAAAAGUGGAGAUUUCUUUUUUUCCAUUAUAAGAUUGCUUGAACAAAGUCAUAAAGGAAAGUUUGAUUUUCGCCACCAUCCCAAUAAAAAAUUGUAUGUGAAUAUUUUAGGUCUAUCUUGAUCUUCAUUUUACCCUUGUGGUUACUAAUAUAAUACAACAUAUUAUGCAAAACAUUGCAUAAGUAUCUUAGUAUCACUGACCAGUUUGUGCUUGAGGUGUUUAAGGAAGUAAAUGAUGGUUUGUGGAUAGAUAAAUGUAACUGAUGGCUCAUGACUGUUCCUCAAAUUUCCAUCAUUGUUGGACAGUUUUGGCAUCCUGCAUUUAACUGCCAAACAAAACACUCUACCAAUUACAAUCCCCAUGGGGUCUGAACUCCUUGGCCAUAAAAAUUACAAAUCUAGCCUAACUGACGUUUUGAAUCCGGAGAUGUUUGUUUUGUUAACUUUUUGGAGUUCACGGUAUUGCAUAUUUAUGAUGUCAGCGCUGGCACAGCACAAGUAUUAUUGCUUUGCAAAUGCAUAUACCUGUUAAUGAAUGACAUCACACCAUUUUGUAUAAAAGUAAGUGACAAACAGAGCUUACUUCUAUCAUGAAGGAGGGAUGCACUCUGCUGGUAAAACAGGUUUUAUUUAAAAGUAUAAGACCCACUGCAAGUUUUUGAAACCAAAGUAGAAAAACCUUCUUUGUUUUCUUAUGGUUGUUUUGACUCAGGAUUUAAGGAAAGUUUCUUUGGUGUUAGGCUUGGUGUUUUUCUGUUUUUGAGUCGGUUCAGCUUAAGCAGUUUAGUCUAAGUUUGGCUAAUUAAAUACUAAGUACCAAACAUAGGUUUUCAAAAUUCUGUUUUUUUUUUAUUUUACCUGUCUGUAAGAUCAAAGGAGUGGGUUUAAGCCAAACUGCAUUUUAUUCAUUAGCAACAAAAUAUCACUGGCUGUCUGUAUUUACUGCUUGAGUAACAAGUAUAGUGCAGUGGUGUUCAGUGCAGACUAAGACAUUGCACCUUGUGGCAAAAAAUUCCUUAAUAUUCACUUGAAAAAUGUAAGCACCUGCCCUGUCCACUAUCAGUGUCCCAUUUUAGAAAGAUGUACCACUAUGUCUAGCUCUUUACCCCUGCUGGACAUUUAUAGCUGGCCCUAUGCAAUACAGUAUUUAUGUGACCACUGAAAGGACUUUGCACCCUCCAGCUUUAUCCACACAAUUCAUUAAUUUUAGGCAGACAAUAACUACAGGAUAAAAUGGUAGAGAAAGCUCCUGUAAAGUAUCUGGCAGACAUCGUAAGAGAUUUAAAAAUUUACAAGAGUAUAGGAAAUUUGAAUAAAGAUUCACAAAAUGUUCUUUGGUCUGUUUGUGGAAAUUACAAGUGCCUAGCUAUUUAAAUGUCCAGCAUUAUUAGGUUUCAGUGCAUUUACUGUUUGUUUUUAACAAUUGUGCAAAAAAUUUGGAGUCUUAUCAGCUAAUUAAUCAAGUCAUAUAGACCUGUUUGUCAGGAAAUAUAUUUUACUUAAGUUUUUCAUCACUGUUAUUUGUUUUAUUACAAUUUAUCGUUACUUUGGGAUGUCAUUUUCUUUGAUUCAUGACAAGUGUAGCCAUAUUUUUAGCAACAAUACACUAAAGACCCGUCGAAAAACUUGAGACUCAUUCAAAGUAUUAUUAUUGGUUUGUUUGCCUUUGACCCUGCAUUAGUUUUGACCACAAGUUUCAGUUGUCAUCUUGAUUCUUCUGCUGGAAUAAUAACAUGGUGAGUCCCUGUGUGUCACUGUCUGGAGUUUACUUUUAAUUUUAUUACAGCCCAAAAAUAAAUGAAACUUCGUUUUGGGAGGUUUUAGUGGUCAAGGCAUUUUGUUAUCACAUUGGUUUUUUUUAAUCUGACACAUUUUUAAUGGUGUUUAAAACUAAGUUCUACCGCAGUGGUGCUCAUGUUGAAAACCCUUGACAAUCCGUAGUUAGGGAUACAUUCACGGGUUACCAAGUGACAUCUCCCGUAAGUCAAACGGAGUGACAUUAUCAACAUGCUAACUCAUCAGCAUGGAGCGUUCGUUGUCCAAGUUUGUGGAUACUACCUAAAUAAUUAGUUUUUGCUUGAGCAUUUAAAAGAAUCUCUGGCUUUUAACUUUUUUCUGCUCCGCGACUAUGGCUCGAUGCACAUUUUUUGGUUUCUGACAUUCUCACUCUGAUUCUGUACUUAGGAUUCUCAUCUCACAUCAUGGACUGUGUUACUAAAUCUUCUCUUACCGCUACCUUAGCUAGCUAUUUUUUUUAAGAUCCAUUUUCUGAUUGCCUCUCUAGUCAAAGCGACCUGCUUUGUGCAGUCACUACACUGUGCUUAGACGUUUGCCUGUUUUUCUAACAAGACUUCUCACAAAACCCUUUAACUCCCUGCCACUAAGCUCUAUUUAGGCAAGCUUAUGUCCAACACAGUCUUACCGCUGUUAAAGAUGUAUUGUCAAAUCAAUUCUGUAAAUGUAUGUAGAUGAGAAUUCUGACAUUGAUCU